AUGGCAAUUUCUCAUAUAGGUCUCACUCUUUUCUCUCUAAUUUUCUUCUUUUGUCUCUCAAAACCCACUCUCUCACAAGACCCUUCUCCUACAGUCUUUGAAAUCUUGCCAAAAUUUGGCCUCCCAAGUGGGCUAUUACCUAACGUAGUUACAAGUUACAGUCUUUCUGAUGAUGGUAGCUUUACUGUCUAUUUAGAGAAGGAAUGUUAUGUUAAAUUUGAUUACUUGGUCUAUUAUGACAAGAAAAUAACUGGGAAGUUGACUUAUGGGUCUAUAUCAAAUUUAAAGGGGAUUGAGGUUCAAAAGCUCUUUCUUUGGCUUGAUGUUGAUGAGAUCAAGGUUGAUUUGCCACCGUCUGACUCGAUUUAUUUUCAAGUUGGGUGGAUUAAUAAGAAGCUUGAUGUCGAUCAGUUUAAUACUGUACAUUCUUGCCGUGCUGGUGUCUCAUCGGGGUCUUGUGGUGGAAAAUGGAAGCAGUUCCUUGAGCUCCCAGCUCCGAACAAUGACGUUGAGAUGCUACUCACUGAGUAG